CACAGGCAGCGCUGAUGCAAUCAUGCAAACCGCCAGAGCGCACCACAAAUCUAUCCGCGUCAAAAUCCCCUAAUUAAUCAGCUCGUAGCGCACUUCCUCCAUUAGCUCCAGAUCGCCGCGGGGACGCGCAAACGACACACACCCGCACACCCCUCUCUCCCGCGGCGCCCGUUUCACCGCAGAGAGAGCCCAUCCUGCUGCUCCCGCCCCCUCGCCGCCGCGGCAUUUCCGCGAGCACCCUCCGCGCGCGGCGUCAUGGGCUCGCUCCCGGUGCUCUCCCCGGCGGAAUGCGCGCCGCUGCCGCCGGAGGGGACGCGGGCGACGGUGGCGGCGUCGGACCUGGCCGCGCUCUUCGACGCGCAGCGCCGCCACCUCGACCACUUCUUCGACCGGCUCGACAUGCCGCAGGCGGCGGCGUUCGCGCAGGCGCUGCUGGACGCGCCCGGGGCCGUCUUCUUCACCGGCGUCGGCAAGUCCGGCAUCGUGGCCCGCAAGCUGGCGCAGACGCUCGCCUCCCUCGGCUUCGCGCGCGCCGGGUUCCUCUCCCCCGUCGACGCGCUCCACGGCGACAUCGGCUCCGUCUUCCCCGGGGACGUCCUCGUGCUGCUCUCCAAGUCCGGCGCCUCCGACGAGCUGCUCGCGCUCGCGCCCUGCGCGCGCGCCAAGGGCGCCAAGCUCAUCUCCCUCACCUCCGCGGCCUCCGGCGCCGACUGCCCGCUCGCCGCCGCCUGCGACCUCAACGUGCACCUCCCGCUGCAGGGGGAGGUCUGCCCCUUCGGCCUCGCGCCCGUCACCUCCACCGCCAUACAGAUGGUCUUCGGCGACACCGUCGUCGCCGCCAUCAUGGAGGCGCGCCGCCUCACCAGGGACCAGUACGCGUCAAACCACCCCGCCGGAAAGAUCGGAAAGACCCUCAUCUUCAAGGUUAAGGAUGUCAUGAAGAAACAAAAUGAGCUUCCAUUGUGCAAGGAGGGAGAUAUGAUAAUGGAUCAACUUACUGAGCUCACUAGUAAAGGUUGUGGCUGUCUUCUUGUGGUUGAUGAUGAGUAUCAUUUGAUUGGAACUUUCACCGACGGAGACCUCCGGCGUACACUCAAGGCAAGCGGGCCAGCUAUUUUCAGUCUAACAGUUGGAGAGAUGUGCAACAGGAACCCAAGGACAAUCACCGCGGAUGCAAUGGCCGUUGAAGCCAUGGAGAAGAUGGAGUCGCCCCCUUCACCUGUGCAGUUCCUGCCUGUCGUCGAUGACAAAAACGUCGUGUCUGGGAUCAUUACACUGCAUGGGUUGGUCUCCGCUGGAUUGUAACCAAUUCUUUGUGUGUAGCCUGUCCUGGUUCUUUGUGGUUCUUUGCACCUGCUUGGUCCUCCCAAGACAUCAGAUAAAUUUUUGUGAAUCUGAUCGACAUCAUCUUAUCGCUGUUGUAGCAUCUGUAGUCUAGAUAUUUGAAAGAGCAUGUGUUCGAAGGCACUACCUCAUCGCCCCAUAGCCCCUGUGUAUAGUGUUUUGUUAAGAGGAAUAUGUGGAAUCUUGUUCGUUGGUUGUUCAAGUGGAGCUGAAGUCAAAUAAAUCUUAAGUUGUCAA